CACAACGACGAGUAAAACGGCCUCAACCUCACUUUCCUCCUCUCCAGACGCAGCACAACAUAGGGAGGCGUUGGUGAGGCGAUACAACAGUAAAAACCUGGUGGAUCCACCAGCACUCCAACCCCCUCGUAGCAAACGGGCGCUCCCAACGGAGGAGAGAAGUCGUCGGGAAGAAAAUGAAAUCAAACAUGCUGCCCCUGUAUUCAUGUCUAUUAUGCGUUGCGGCACUGGCCACCAUCUCGUCGGCACAGCAGCCGACACCGGAGCGAUUGGCCCGGCAGCGGCGCCAGCAUCAAGCUCAGCAGCAGUGGCGUCACGCCGCUAAUCAACAGCAGCAAGCGCAAGCCGGUGCCUGGAAGAAGCUGAAGCCUAUGGCACGAAGCCCGGACGUCUUUGUACCCAACGAAUGGACCUGGGGAAUGGUAUCACCGUCGGGACAGGCAACGGCCGGUCAGCGGCCCACCGGCAGCCCGGGGGCGCUUCGGCCCAACCCGGUUGUCAGCCCGGAGCUCCUCAAAUUCGACUUCUUCCCAACGAAGGCCCGCAACGGGACGGCCACGAACAAUCUUCCCGGGGCGUCCAAUUUCCGUCCGGGCAAGGUUAGGCUGCCCAGCACGUUCAAGAAUCGCCAGCCAUACAACCGGAGGCCAACCCCGGGUGGGAAUCCUAUCACGAACAAGAAACCCUCGGGCAAAAACGGCAUGGUUCCGGACAAAGCACCCCCGAAGAGGGUACCGGGCACCCAGGCCAAAGCACACGCGGCUGGUAAAGCAGGCACGGGCCUAGACUCAGGUCAGGCAUCCAAAGCUGACGGACAAUCACCUGUGGCAGCGGAUGCACCCCAGCAAGGACAAGAAUACGUCAAAAACGCCGCAGAUUCCGCGCAGAAUGCGAAGCGGACCGGCAGCAGCCACCCGGGAACGAUCGAUGUACUGGGCAGCAUUCCAGCUGGCCGUCACUACCAGACAUUCAUCGACGUCCAAGACGGCGGAAACUUCAGUAUCGUCUUCGCGGUGUGCUCCGGUCGACUGGAGAUCGACGUCAGCGUGAACCAGGAGUCGCUCUUUGACUACAGCAACAUGCAGCGACGUCGACGGCAGACGCACGGCCUCCAGUUGCGCUACGAAACACCUUUCGCCCGUAACUCUGGCCCAGAUCUAGGCUCAAACGCGGAGCAAGUCGCUCUGGGCACGUUGACGCAGCUGAACGUCGAUCCAGGCCGCUACUACCUGACGGUCAUCAACGAAGCAACGAAGAACAUAGGCCGGUUCGGACUGUACGCCACGCACCAUCUCGACAGCAUGAUCUACCCGAUUCUGCCCGAGGAGCCGAUGAUCCGCGUGUCGGCCAUCCGGCCCACGCAGAUACUGGUCAGCUGGCCGCCGACGCUGGACGCCGGGCGCAACAGGAUCGAGUACUGCGUGAUGACAACGGAGAGCGCCACGUGGAAGCACCGCGUCGUCACCAACGCCUGUGACAAAUUCCUCGCCGAGAAAUCGUCGUCGGCACCCGUACGAGAGAAGAUCUGCACGACGGAGACCGAGAUCAUGCUGAAACGCUUGCGACCGGCCACGGCGUAUCACGUCGAAGUUGACGCUCGCAACCUGGACACGGAUCGCUAUGUGCCCUACCUGCCCACGGUGGCGGUGACAUCGGAGGCCGGCGUGACGCUCGAGGACGCCGUGGAGCUUCGCGACGCCGCCGUCGACGGCUACAGCAAGCGCGUGUUCACGUUCGACGUGACGCGGCGAGUGGCCCGGCGCGGUCCGCUCAGCGUCACCGUGGCGUCAUGCAACGCGCUGCAUGGCUGGCUGCUCACGCGCGACGGCGUCCACGUGGCGCAGCGCGGCCCGCCCGGCGAGGGGGGAGCGCCCGCGGAGGCAACGUCGCGGCGACAGCUGAUGGUGUCGGACGCGGCGAUGCUGCACGCGCUGCAGCGCACGCCCAACGCCUCGCACCCCGCUCCGUACCUGCAGCAGAGCAGUCACGAAACCCUGGAUGCCGAGCGCGGUGUCUACCAGCUCACUGUCUACAACCACGGCCCGCAGGCUAUGAAGGCGGAUAUAUUCGCGACCACGUCGCUCGCCGAGAAGCCGUUCCCGACGACUCCGACGGACGCCGGCAUCUUUGUGCAGAACGCGAGCUGCGACGCCGCGGUUCUCAACUGGCACGAAGGCCUCGGCUCGACGAACGUCACCUACUGCCUUCAGCUGACGGUGGGUUACGAGCCAUCGCUCGUCAAUAGUCUGGACAGCUGUAACAGUGAGAGCUCGUACUCGGUCAUCUACGAUGACAUGCUACUAGGCGCCGACUGCUCGCCGGAGACCGAGCGUGAGGUCUCCCUGGCAGCGCGGCAUCAUCGCGGCAACAACGCCACCGCCGACCCGGCGAUCACGGCCGAGGUCAUCGCGGUCAACACGCACACGCGCCGCCUGGUCGUCUACCCGCCGUCAACGUUCAUGUGCAACACCAGUGGUAAUACACUGGCGCUUCUGUCCGCGUCCGCAGGGCACCUUAAUCCCGCUGCCGCGAUGGCGACUGCUCUCAUCAUCAACCUCGCAAUGUUACUCUAGGCAUUUUGGUGUUCAUGAGUAACACCAGCGGCGAUGCAUGGGCACUUCUCUCUACGUCCGCACGACGCCUCAAUCCCGCUGCCGCCAUGGCGAUUGCUCUCAUUGUCACCAUCGUAAUGUUACUAGUACUGCAGGCAUUUCCGCAUUGAAGUGUAACAGCAAUGUGCCCGUAUGCUCGUAAACUGUGCACAGAAGUCUUUUUAGUUGAGCCCAAUCUAUUUUUUUAAUUUAAUAUUUUUGCAAGAAUCCACAAGGCCAAUUAGAUGCAGCACAGCAUGCAAGCGAGCGGUGGCAGACCUUACGUACCUUUUGUUUAGAGCCUAUAUUAAUGAUUCCAGCGCAGAACCUUUUGUUCGAUACUAUGCAAGAACUCACCUUGAUUUUAACGAUAAGUAAGUUCGAUACACCUGUUUCAGCCAUAAGAUAGUGCCGAUACUACUGCAUGCAGUGAGUAUUCAUUGUUGUCCUUUUUCGAGCACAGGUACAUGUGGGCCAAAGAAAGAA